GGAUCAUUUGUUAUGAUUCACUUAUCAAGCACACCAGACAGGAGACAUUUAGUAAUGAAAUGAAAUCCAUUGCAACAUUGAUCCCCAAGAUGCUGAAGCGGGCCAACGUCAUCGACGAUGAAUCUCCAUGGACCAUAGAGCGUCAACCUGAAGUUCCUCAACAACAAAAUGGUUCGGACUGCGGCAUGUUCUGUAUAAAAUUCAUAGAGAUUCUCUCAGCCGAUAAGGACGUGACCAUUUUGAAACCUGAGGACAUGAGAUUUAUUAGGAAAAAAUUUGCAGUCGAGACAUGGAAAAUGGGCACGAUGAGAAUGUAAUUUCUAUUUGAUUAACAUAUUAUGUUUAUUUAAUAUAUACAACUGUAAUUAUUUCAUUUAUAUAUAUGAUAUUCUAUAUUUACCAACGAAGACAGUUUGAG